AGGUUUGUCCUUUAAUCGCGAUUUUUUUCAGGGGCGGCCUAAGUGGGCGGCAAGUCUGGGAGGGUGGGAGAGUCGAAUUCGUACAGCAUUAAAUCCGAUAAACGAUAAAGUCAGUUUCGAAAUCGCGCUCCAUCCCAAAAGAGUUUUGUGUGUGUGCUACUACUUGUUUUAAGGUACUAAAAAUUUACUAAAUCCGACCAUAAUUAUUAUACCAUCAUGGGCGGUAUGACGCAACGACCAUGGACUCCCACCAAACGUCGCGGACCCAUUGCCGCCGAAUACAAUAGUCCAGGACCAGCUUGUGUCGCUCUACAAUCAUCUAUUGGCAAAAAACCAUUGGAAGCGAAAACAGGCAGCGCGCCAGCGUUCAGCUUCGGUGCGAAAAACAACGCGAAACUAGAAAGCAUCGGACCCGGACCCGGACAAUACAACGUCACCGGACUGAGUGCCAAAGGCAAGGACACUCCGCCCGCCCUUAGUUUGCACAGUCGCCCUAAAGAUCCGAAAUCGGACAACUUUCCUGCCCCGGGCGAUUACAAUCCGGACAAAGCUGAAAAAGUUAUUCACGAUGCUUCACCUAAAUACACUUUUGGUUUGAAAACGAAUGUCGGUAAACCUUUAGAUACACCUGCACCCAAUGAAUAUAAAGUGGAAAAGGCCGACUCUGACACCCCCAAGUAUAGUUUCGGCAAUAAACUCAAUACGGACAAACCUGUGGAUACUCCUGCUCCAAACGUCUACAAUAUCCCAUCAGUAGUGGGUGACAAAAAAGGAGCGCCCGCUUACACGAUUUCGGGCCGUAACAAGGAACCUCUAGACGAAAGAGUGAAAAAUCCAGGUCCAGGCCAAUACAACAACGUCGAUCCGGAACAUUACAAACAGCAUUCGCCCGCCUACACCAUGUCCGGAAGAACUAACGUCCCGAAAGACGAAACCAUUCCGGGUCCGGGAGUUUACUCUCCAGAAAAAGUUGUUUUAGAAUAUCCGCCAGCGCAUAGCUUCGGCAUCAGGCACUCGAUUUACGCCGACCAUUAUUGAAACGACGAGAAAACGAUAUUUUGCGAUUAUUUUUGACUAAUAACAUCGUUGAAAAAUUUACUAAAAAAAAAAAUAUAUCGCUGCUUUUUUUUUUAACCUCAAAACAGCUGCUUGAAUUACUUUCACAUUACUGAAAAAUAAUAUAUUUAAAUGUUUCUCUUUUUUUUUUUUAAUAAACUUAUUUAUAAAAUUG